AUGGCAAAAAUAUGCUAUCUUUUCACACUGAAAAUUAAACAAGCAGCUAAAACUUGUCGAGAAACAGCAGUAUGUCCACCGAUGUGUAUCUGUACAGAUUCGUUGGUGGACUGCAAAGAUCGUGGUUUAACACAUAUUCCAGCUAAUCUACCCGCAUCGACGAAAAUUUAUUUAAGCAGUAAAAUUCAUAUCAGGAAACUGUUACGUACAGUAUUUUAUAAAAUUAGUCUGUUAAGAAUGCUUCUAAUUGUUUUGUUUUUCAACAUAAUUUUUGGUCUAAAAGUUGUUUUUAGACGACUUGGUGGUAAUCAGAUUACUUAUAUUCCACCUCGAAUUUUUCAACACCAUCAUUUACUUUUAGAUCUAGACCUAAGCUCUAACAGUAUUGCAGAAAUAGCACCAGAUGCUUUUCAAGGACUCGGCUCACUAAAAUCGCUAAUUCUCUACAAAAACAAUAUCACAGAAAUUCAUCAAAACACGUUCCGUGGCCUAAAGAACCUAACAAUGCUUCUGCUGAACUCCAACAGACUUAGGUGUGUCUGGAAAGAAACCUUUAAGGAUCUUAGAAAUUUGACAUUGCUUUCGUUGUUUCAAAAUGAAGUACGAUCAAUUGCCGAAGGAACAUUUGACAAUUUGCCACAUCUGCACACAGUUCAUUUGGGGAAAAAUCCACUAAUCUGCGAUUGCAAUUUAGUUUCUUUUAGAAAUUUAAUAAAUAAAGUUCCUUUUUUUUUUCUGAUUAGUGGUAUUGGUCUAACAGAAUUCCCAACUGAAGUUCCUUCGUUUGCAACAGAGCUUCGAUUGUCAAACAAUCAAAUAACUGUAAUUCAGGUCAUUUCUAAGCAAAACAAGCGGCAAUCAGCAAAAAACUUUCGUGUUCAAGGAAUUUUUUACCUUUCAGCGAACGAAGAAGGAGUGUGUGGUGAUAACGGGAAUUACUGUCCAGUUGAUUGUCACUGUCAGGAAUCUGUUGUGAAAUGUGAACGAAAAGGACUUUUUGAAUUUCCAGCGGGAAUCCCAAGCGACACCACACAUCUGUCGCUUAUUCAUAAUCAAAUAUCAGUUAUACCCAAACGAGAAAUUAACAGAUUGCACAACUUGGUGAAAUUAGAACUCAGCUACAAUCGUAUUGCUGCUAUUGAAAGCGAAACUUUCGUUAAUUUGAAAAAACUAGAAAUGCUUCUUCUCAACGACAACAAAAUUCAGUGUUUAGAAGAAAGGGCAUUUGCAGGAUUGAAUAAUUUGAAGAUCUUGUCUUUAUACAGAAACGAUAUUUCCAUUUUACCCGAAUCGGCAUUUAAAGAUUUGAUAAGCCUCAAAAAUAUAGUCAUGUUGAAUAACUCACUGUACUGUGACUGCAGAAUGGCAUGGUUCAGCAGAUGGCUAAAUCAAAAUUAUCUUGAUUGGGGAAUGCUUAAAUGUGAUUUACCAGUUAAUAUGCGGAAUCAAGUUCUACUGUCUGCUCAAGAACAUCAGUUUGUUUGUAACGAUAAGAUCCCUCAAAGUAUAUUAGCAAAAUGUAACCCAUGCCUGGAACAGCCAUGCAAAAACAGAGGAACGUGUAUUUCUGGCAAGGGUCGGGCGUUUACUUGUGAAUGCAAAGCCGGUUAUCAUGGAGAAAAAUGUGAGGAUGAAAUUGAUGCUUGUUAUGGACAACCUUGUCUUAAUAACGCAACCUGCACGGGUCUACAAUAUGGUCGAUUUCAAUGUCAUUGCACCAAAGGUUUUGAAGGAGAACGGUGUGAAAUUAAUACUGAUGAUUGCGUUGAACAUAGGUGUCGAAAUGGCGGCACUUGUGUUGAUGAAAUUAAUGCCUACAGAUGCAAGUGCCUGCUUGGGUUUGGUGGCGAAUUUUGUGAGAGAAAACUUGAGUUUUGCACAAUGGAAUUAAAUCCUUGUCAAAAUGGUGGAAGUUGCGUGCGAGUAAACGACACAUAUAAGUGCUAUUGUCCAGCAGGGUAUACGGAUGAAAACUGCACCACGAAUAUCAACGAUUGUCAAAACCAUACGUGUAUGAACAAUGCCAUUUGCAUUGAUGGUGUGAAUUCAUAUAUCUGUAAGUGCUCCGCUGGCUACUCUGGGAAGUUCUGCGAACUCGCGCCAAUUUCGCAUUAUCUAUACCAGAAAAUAUCUCCAUGUCAAGCACAGAUAUGUAAUCAUGGCACCUGUGUCGAACAGGGCGAUGAUAUCACGUGCCACUGUAUAGAAGGCUACAAAGGACCACGUUGCGACCAGCUUCGCGCAGCUGGAUUUGUUGAUCCUGACUCUUUCAUUGAGUUGGAACCUUGGGACACAGUACCUGGCGGAAAUCUCACGUUGACUGUGCGUACUUAUGCAAAAACUGGUGUAAUUGCAUAUUAUGGCGUUGAAUCUCAUUUUACGGCAGAACUGUUUGAUGGACGUAUUAAAACUGCAUUUUUUGCUGGCAAUGAACGAGCUUCACACAUGUACAGCUAUGGCAUCGUCAAUGACAAUCUACCACAUCGAGUUGAAUUUACUAUCAAUGGGAACGUUUUAAUUAUGCGAAUAGACAAUUGGCUUCCCCAAAAAAUUGAAAACACAGGACCAAAAAGUGUCUUUGAAGUUGAAGGAAAAUUUGGUUUAUACGUAGGCGGUAUUCCAGCAACAGUAGCAGAGCAAGCAUUAGCUAAAUUUCACGUCAAAAGCAGCGAAAGUUUUAAAGGAUGCAUAUCUGACGUUUUCAUAAAUGGUGAAUUUAUUGACCUGGAAAAAGGGCAACAAUUGACGAAUAUUCGCCGUGGCUGUUCACAGACAGUGGAUUUAUGCCAUGGAGUGAAAUGCCAAAGUGGAGGUGAAUGUGCAGUAAAUGAAAAAAAAGAAGUCGGUUACGAAUGUCUCUGUAAAUCGGGUUUCAAAGGCGAAUUUUGCGAGCAGAAAAAAGUGUAUUGUGGAAAGCAAAGAUUUUUGGAAUAUUAUCGGGAAAAAACAUGUCGUUCAGUACAAAAAGUAAAGCAAGGCAGAUGCACCGGUUGGUGCGGGAACGGGAGACAAUGUUGUCACGCAACAAAAAUCAAACCUAAGAGAAUUCGGUUACGGUGCGCAAACGGAAAGACCAUUGUAAGAAGAAUAAACAUUGUUCGGAAGUGCCGCUGUGGCUUUUCAUCUAAAUGUUCUCAUUUAUAG